CGUAAACUAGUUGUUUUGCCAACAUUGUUAACAUAAUUACGGCCCUCGUUAUAUUUGCGUAUGCAAGCUGCGCGGGUUCUCCGGCUUGGAAGGUCUAAAUUUUUGCACGAAGGAAGCAACAGACGCCUCGUCCGCAUGGCAGGAUCUUUCACGUACCAGUAUCCAAGGCCUGCCGUUACUGUAGAUACCAUUAUUGUUUCGCGACCGCGCGAUGGAAUUCCACCACAAUUGCUGCUAAUCAAGCGGAAGAAUCCACCCUACAAGGACUCCUGGGCUCUCCCCGGCGGCUUCGUGGACGAGGGUGAGGGUCUGGACGCAGCCGCCGGCCGUGAGCUGCAGGAGGAGACCUCCGUGGACCCUGCCACGGUGACACUCACACAGGUUGGCGCCUUCGGUGACCCCGGUCGCGACCCGCGGGGUUGGACCGUCACGGUGGCGUACGCGGCACUGGUGCCCACCACCAACCUGGGGGUCAAGGCGGCGGACGACGCCAAGGACGCCCGCUGGUUCGACGUGACCAUGUUGCCGCUGCUGGCCUUUGAUCACAAGCUCGUCGUGCGAACCGCUCUGCGGCACCUGGCCAAGCAGCCGGCGGCGGGGGCAGUGGCCGGACUAUCUGCCACCCUGGAGGCGGCGGCGGACAAACUGGAGGGACCCUGGAAAACCGAGUUUCACCGGAGCGCCUCAACGAGACACUGAGGCGCUACGGCAGUGUGUGGAUUGAGUGGUUGCACGGGUGAGCCGCCGGAAGUGCGGCGCGGCUACGACAAGCUUGAACGACAACGACGUUACGAG